AUGUCUUGGGAGGAUCCACACCCCGGCGAGCGGUUAAUGAUCCCGCUCGCGGUGUCUGCUGGAUUGCACAUCUAUCCCUCGACCAUCAAUGGAGACCUCCCGGGUGGCGUGACCGCAAAAGCGCGUGGCGCACGCCGGGACGGCAGUCCCUGCAUAAACCAGCGAGGCAUUCGCGGUCGUCAUCGCAACGCCAUACCGAAGCCUCUGAAGAUACCGGACGAGGUCCCCGAAGAAUUAGAAGUGAGGAGCGCGCCGUCGAUUUCGUCGCUGCUAACCGACAUCACUCCAACACCGUCGAAUCUACGUCUAUCGGAGUCGCUCUCGCAUCUCGAGUUCGAAACCGACCAGGAGAGCUGCGGCGAGACGGGGACUCUCUUCGGAGACGCAGACGCGGACGCCGAUCCAGUUGAGGUGGCGACCUUGAGCCAGUCCAGCCUCAGCGACUUCUCGAAUUAUCUCGGCAUAUCACAGGGCGAAGAUGACGACGACGCAUCGGUCACCGUUGUGGAUUCGGACGCUUUCACUCGAGCCAGCUCCGUCGACGACGUGUACGGCUGGGAAGCAGAGCUGAGCCGCAAGACGGCGGGAUCGGGGUCACUCGAGCUGGGAAUUAAUGAACCGGCCUCGCGAAGGCCGACGUUGAGAGAAGCGGACUACGGACUUCUCUGA